UAGCACUCAGCUGAGGUCUGCGCUGCUCAACGCUCAAAAUGCCUAAGUCACUGAAGCUGUCACUCUUGCUGCCAUAAGUGGAAGGUACUGGACUAGGACAUAAACAUGUUCAACAGAAGACACCCCAGCCUUAGCAAAAGAGGAGUAAUAUGGGGAUUGUGGGUGAUCUUGCUUUACACCAGCCCUCCUUCCUGUUUUGCAAAUUUCAGCCAAGCAAAACAGCUGAUCUAUAAGAUAAAGGAGGGAUUGCCAGGAGGAACCUUCAUAGGUGCCAUUGGAGAAGACUUACAUUUGAUUUCACGGUGGAGCCCCCCCUUUUUAUUCAAUCUUCCACAAAAGAAGGUCAAUGGACAGUAUGUGAACCUUAAUAGCACGACCGGGCAGCUUUACACAUCUGCUACAGAGAUUGACAGGGAGACUCUCUGUCCUGAUAACUCCGGGGGGAAGGGAUGUGUCCUCUCACUGGAUGUGUUUGUGUUGCCUCAGCAGCACUUCCAGCUUGUCAGUAAGAUAUUUAUAGAGGAUGUGAAUGACAACAGGCCUAAGUUUCCUGUGGAUGAGAUCUGUAUGUUUGUCCCAGAAAACACUCACAUCAAUGCUCGGUUUGCGGUGGAGCAUUCUGCAGUUGACCCGGACCUGGGUCCUUAUGGAGUGCAGACCUACUGGCUUGUUAAUGACUUUGGAAUGUUCACACUUGAUGUAGAGCAGAAUGAGGGAGGCGAGCUGACUCCCUUCCUCAUUGUGACUGAGGCUUUGGACAGAGAGACCCAGGCUGAAUAUAUAACAGAUAUCAUAGCAGAGGACGGUGGGACCCCUCCUCUUCUUGGAGCAGCUACUUUGAAAAUUGUCAUCACAGAUGUGAAUGAUAACUGCCCCAAAUUCAAAGAGUCACAAAUGAAUGUCACUCUGCAUGGGAAUACCACCAAAGGGGGACAUUUGGCACGUCUGCAUGCUUUUGACCCUGACCUUGGUGCUAAUGCUCAGAUCAGCUAUGCUUACAGUGAACGUGUGCCAAGGGACGCCAGGAGCUUGUUCCAUUUGGACAGGAUCACAGGAGUGAUCAAGCUAGCUGGGAAGAUAAACACCGGUACAGCCACGUUUUACAAACUUACCAUUCUUGCCAAUGGACCUGGUUGUAUCCCUGCAGUUGCAACUGUUUCUGUCCAUAUCAUCAAGGUUGUUACUGGACCCCCUGCAGUCAUUCCCCGAUACAUUGCACCGGAAAAUGAUGGGGAGUUGACAAUAAAGGAAUCUGAGCCAGCCUUUUCUCCAAUUGCUUUUUUUACUGUCAAAAAUAUUGAUAUUAACCAAAGAGUGGACUGUCAUUUAGAAGGGACUGGUCCCUUCAGGCUUGGCCCUUAUCAAACGUUGAAGAAUGAAUACCUGUUGGAAACUACAGAGCCUCUGGAUUAUGAGAAGACACAGGAGUAUGAGCUAAUUGUGGUUGCUACGAGUUCUCAAGGGCUUGUCAUCAAGACCUUCCUCAAGGUGCAAGUAUUGGAUGAGAAUGAUAAUGCACCAGUGUUUCAGCAGGCUUUGGUGGAAGUAUCUGUAGAAGAGAACAAUCCGCCAAAUACCUUUCUGACCCAGUUCCAAGCCACAGACCAGGACAGCGAAGGUCGAGGGGAAGUCAUCUACCUUCUUGGAGGAGACGCCCCAGGAUCUUGUGAUAGAUCGUGUGACAGGUGUCUGACUGUUACCACAUCGCUGGACCGUGAGGAGAAAGAGACCUACCGUUUCAUAGUGAGAGCCGUAUAGACCAGGGGGACACCCAGGAGGGAGUCGCUUGCAACUGUAGGUGUGUUGACUGUGCAAGACCGCAAGACAAACAGUCCACGCUUCAUCGAUAAGGACUACUUCUUUGUGCCAGAGAACUUCCCGGGAUAUGGUGUCGGUGUCCUCUCUGUGACUGAUGCCGAUGCUGAGGAAAAUGGUUGGUGGCCUGUCCAUCCUCAAUGGCAGCGACAUCUUCUGAUAGACACAGGCAAAGGGGCACUGAGGGCCAAGACCUCACUGGACCGUGAGCAACAAGGGACAUAUCAGCUGUGGAUAGAGGCCGUCGAUGGUGGAGAGCCUGCUCUGUCCUGCGUUACUAUGGUCACAGUGCUGUUGUUGGAUGUAAAUGACAACCCACCUAUUGUCCUCUUCCCCCAGUCCAAUCAGUCUUACAUGCUGGUUUUACCCAAUACACUACCAGGAACAUCAAUAACAGAAGUCUAUGCUGUGGAUAAGGAUACAGGAAUGAAUGCUGUGAUCGCCUAUAGUAUCAUUAAGAGGAAAGGGGGAGAGCCAGGGUCAUUUGCCAUUGACCGAACAGGAAAUAUCACAUUAAAGAGGGAGCUUAGCAAUCGGGGCCUCUACAGCCUUCUGGUGAAGGUCACUGAUCAUGGUCAGCCUGAACCGCUUUACUCAACAGUCAUGGUUAACUUCUUUGUCAAUGAAACUGUGAGCAACGAGAGCUACAUCCAGAGCCUGUUGACCAGGGAGGCUGGGAUUGAGGUAGAGGAGAGGCCCUGGUUUAAAGGCCAGAUGACACAGGGGCCUGAGAGGUAUGAGUUGUUCCCCUGUCAGCCUGUCCUUAUUGCUCUUUCUGUGACAUGUCUAGGACUUUUCUUCACAGUUGUUACUCUGACAUCUUACAUAUGCUGUAAAAGAUUUAAAAAGCAGCGAAAGAAAGGAUCAGAAGUGGAGAGACCUUUGAAAAAGAAGAAUGACUCGAUUCAGGGUGUAAACAGAAAGCUCAGGCCGAUAUCUAACAUCUGAUUUCCAGUUGUCCACACAUCCAAAAACACCACUGUUUACAUGAAUGUUUACAAAUCUCACUGUGAGAAGUGUAGUUCUAACAUGAAGUUGCUCUUUUUGCUUUUUGUUAUAUUAUUGUUAUUACUGCAGUGUGAAGUUUGAUUUAGAUGCCAUUGGUUCCUCUCCUAGGCCAUACAGUCCCAUUCACUUUUCCAUGUUUUAUAAUAUCUAUAAAACAUGACACUUAACGAGACGUGGAGUGUCAAAAAAAGUAAGGAAUUAAUCAUUAUUAGCAUCAGAGAAAUAACAGCUUUAUUUCAAAUCAAAAGAGCAAUUAAUUGAAGAAAACUGAAUAUAAGGUCUUGUGUAAAUAUUGUAAAAACAAUUUUAAAUUUUAUAUCAAACUUUUGCACUGCACGAGAAAGGCAAAGGACAAUUUAAGGCACAAAACUGUUUUCGUUCUCCACUGUUGUUUUAGAAAAAUUGCAUUUUUAAUCUGGAAUUGGUACAGAAAAGGCUAGUCAGAUGUAUGACUUUAUUCAAGGCGUUGUAUUUUGUAAUAUUUAAAGAACUCCCCGCGUCAAUAUACAGUACAUCAAGCUCUAUAACUGUAACACAGUAUGCACAAAUGCUAUAAGCAGUCAUUUUUUAAAACUAAAAAUGUGGAUUAAACAACUUAACUUUAAUUCCCACUUAAUAGUUUUGCAAUAUAUUUAAAUGCUUUAAGGUGUGGGUAGGGUAAGUUUGAGAAACCGGCUCGAGAUACACUUCCCGAU